GUCAUAUAAGUUUGCGGGGGUCUGCCAUGGUGGAGUUAAUUCAAAUGCAUGUGUUCAUCUUCUUGAUUUUACUCAGUUUCAAUUCGUUUCGUGUGUCAGGAAACGUAGGAAACAUUUGGGGAUAUCAAGAUGGCGUACCCCCGCAAAGUUGGCCAAGAUUGUACCCAGAAUGUUCCGGGAGAAAACAAUCACCUAUAAACAUUGAUACAAGACAAGUUGUUCUCGAUACCAAACUCGAACCGUUUGAUUUCAGUAACAUCAACACUAUACACGACUCAAGAAUGACAAUUGUGAAUCAUGGAAAAACAGUUGAGGUAGAAGUUUUGGAUGACAAUUGUUUUAUCACUGGAGGAGGGUUACACGGGAGACACAUAGUAAAACAGUUCCACUUCCACUGGGGAAAUGCUGAUCACAGGGGCAGUGAACAUGACGUUAAUGGCAAGCAGUUUCCAAUGGAGAUGCAUAUAGUGUCCUACAGUUCCAGGUUUCGACAGUAUAAAGAUGCUUUGAACUCGACAGGAGCUUUAGCGGUCAUUUCUUUCUUAAUUGACAUUGGCGGUGCUAACACCAUGUUUGAUGAGAUAUGUGAUUGUUUUGCUCAAAUAAUCCGCGAAGAUGAUAAUGUAACAAUGCCAAUAUUUUCUAUGACGUCACUGUUUCCGUCACCACAUGAUGUGUACUACAGGUAUUACGGUAGUUUGACGACGCCACCAUGCCUCGAAAGUGUUAUAUGGACUGUAUUUAAAUCACCUAUUUCUAUUUCAAAACAACAGAUAAAUUUAUUCCGUUUUCUUGGAAACCGUCAUAUAAACAAACAUCGUGAUUUAGCUGACAAUUUUAGGCCAUUGCAAGCUUUAUAUGGCAGAAAAGUAUAUACCAACAACAUACGUGGAAUGCCUUUAGGAAGAGGCCCUAGGGCGAAGGCGCGCAUUGUGAAAAUAACUAAAUCAAGGUACAAAGGUGUCAAACUACGACGCAAGGUGACAAAGAAAAGCAAACGACAAUUCAACCUUUCUUCAAAUCGUAAGACAAACAUUCGAGAUUUUUUUCCUAAUACAAACAUUAUGACAGCUCGCAAUAAAAAAUCAUUGGAUAAAUAUAUCAAUAAACUAUCAAAUCAGCUGAAAACAGAACUACGUGGUGUCAAUGGAGAUAAAAUAGUAAACAGAAAUCAGUUACGGAAUCUGUCCCCUAUUUAUACUCUGUACGACAAGCAGGUGAUCCGGAUUCCGCACACCAACAAGCUAUUUCUAACAAACAAAUACGGUAUCAACAGUAACAGGUACCACAAAUCCAAGAAAGUUCAGCAAAGACGAAAAUACAGUUCUAUGAUACAACAACGUACACAUGGUUAUUAA